AAGCAGAUAUUUGUUUCGAUUGAAGACUCUGUUCACGAAUUUGCCAACGCUUUCUUUGGCCUUUCCUUUGCGACUCCAAAAGUCUUUGUUAUGUGGUUAAAGAAUACAAAACCAGCGGCAUAUUUUAGAGCCUAUCUGAAAAGAUUUGUUUCUACCAAAUCAUGCCAAACUCAGAAUGCAGUAAGAGACGUUCGUGAUUUUGAUUCAAGGAGAAGGUAUGUUAACAUGCAAAGAUUUGUUAGGUUUUAGCCCCUAGCUUUUUCCAUCCGUUCAACCAGGGUAGUCUGAAUCUAAAUCUAAAUCUUUACUACAAAUACAUGCAACUCCCAAAACGGCUGGUGAAUGCAUUCAACUCAUGAAAGUUUAUUUUCCAUACGGAUACCACUCACCACAUUCUCAACGUAAAUCUGCUGUCGCUCAGACGUUGAUUAACUAGCGGCGCGUGACCCGUUAGAAAUCCCCAUGAUCACCAUCAAAAACGGUUAUGAAGGAAAUCGCUCUCAGAGGUGGCCCAGAGCAAACGGUCUUGUUACCCCAAUAGGUUGUAUCGCUUGAUUGAAGUUCUAAUAAUCCAAAGUUGUUUUCAGCACAAACAAGAAGCUUACGCAAAGUUACUAUCAUGGCACGUCUCUCCAACCCCUCCUGGGGAACACUAUUGGCCAAAUGUUUGACAAGACUGUAGAGAGGUUCCCGGAUUGGGAGGCAUAUGUUUUCUGUGAAGAUGGAGACAGAGCAACGUUUUCACAAUUCCAACAAGAGGUAUGAUAUUGAACGACGGAUCUUUUACUCUUGCGACAAUCAAGUGUUUAUUGUACUUGUAGCAGCGAUCUCUCUAGUUACAGGUAAAAAACCGAAAAUUUCGGUUACCUUAUGUCCUUCGCGAAACAUCUCCGGCAAAACUACAGCCUAAUCGUUUUGCAACAUUUUGAAAAAUGAUCGGCCACCAGUCAGGACGAAACACUUCGUUCGCGAUAUUAUUUUCACAUAAAAUAUCACCCAUAAGAUACCCAUAAUACCACUCGGGAUUCCCACUGGCUUCCCAGGGGACAUUUUACUGGCUUCCUACGGAGUCUGCCUCCGGAUUCCCGCCGGUAUCCCGCCAGGAUUUCCUCAGGAAUACCCGUCAGGCUUCUGGCUGGAUUCCUUCCCAAGGUCCCGCUAGAAUUUCCACCUUAUCCCACGGGUUUUCCGCUGAGUUUCCCAACGAGAUCCUGUCGGCUCUUGCAACCCUGGAAUCAGGAGUUUGAACACUUUCAUAAAGGUUACGUCAAUCUUUGGUAACGGUUGUCAACUUGACAAAUAUUAUAGGUUGAUCAACUUGCCGAGGGACUUAUUUCAAGAGGACUGACAAAAGGUGACCGGUUAGGGAUCUGGGCACCUAAUAUUAGGGAAUGGCUGAUAACACAGCUUGCGGCAGCUCAAAUUGGGCUUAUAUUGGUAUGUAAAUAAGCAAUAAACAUCGCAAAUGUCUAUUAAGAUCCCUAUGAUUACACGAUUUAUUAAUAACAGAAAUUUCGUUAAGGAUACAAUUGUUAAAAGGUUAUAGUUUACGCCGGGUUCUCACCAGGUGGGGGCCUGAUAGAGGGAGACAUAAAGCGAGCUAGUGAAACGGCAGAGGUCUGGAAAGAGUAACAAAGUUUUCGCUAGACUUUGCCCAGCCAUCCUUUGAAGUCGAGGUAUUUUUUCUUUGCGUCAUCAGGGUCGUUUUAAGAUGAGAAAAAUACGAUUUUUUCAUGGCCUGGAUUUUCUCCCAUCUAUAGGUUUGUUUAAAUACAGCAUACAAAGGACCCGAGACAGAGUAUGUGCUGAGAAAGGUAGUGACGUCAGAAUUGAUUUUCGCAGCGAUUUUGUAAUCCUUUCAGUUAAUUUCUAGGCGUUCAGAACUCAACCUUAUCUGGUAAGGUCUAAAAUGUGAUAAAUUAACGACCGAUUAAUACUGUUAAAUGUGUGAUUUUCUUCUAUUUUAAGGCAGGAUGUAAAGCUGUGGUGAUGGUGGACGAAUUCAGAACAGAGAAUUUUUACGAUACAAUGACAAGAUUGAUACCUGAACUGCCGCACGCAAAACCUGGAGAACUUCAGUCUGAGAGGUAAUCAAAAAUAAGAGUUUAAUAUACAUUUGAGAGUCCUCCGAGAGCUGCUCUGCUACCAGUCAACACUCAAAAAUUAUACCCAUACUCAACUCAGUUCGACUUCCGGGGGAGUAGGGAAGGGGAUUGUAGUAUCGAAGCUAAAUGAGGCAAAUUUUUUCGCUUGUUUUGUUGGUAAUAAUUCAUAUUUUAUUCUCAAACAGGUUACCAGAACUGAAAGAUGUCUUUGUUGUAAGCAAAAGCAAAAAAUCAUUCAGGUACUUGCGGUGCUCUGUUAAAAUUUUAGACGCGUUUUUUAGACCAUGACCGUAGAUCACAAUUUACGUUUCUCGCUCUGCUUUAUUGACCGCGUGUUCUAGACUACAAGCACGUCUACCCAUCACGUGAUCAGUGUGGUCACGCACACAGACGCGCAAACACGGACAUUUGCGCAUUCACGCGCCAUCCUUGCGCGCUAUGACCUAACUCGUGCCGGUAGCUAAAGUGACCUGGAUACUAUUAAGAAGACCUCAGGUGUUUGAGAUGUAAUAAUUGCUCACUUUCAUUUCUUCAAACUUUAGAGGAACUACAACAUUUGAGGAGUUGCUGUACUCAACAGGCGAAGGUGCCAGAAACCAAGUGAACCAUAUCAAAAGCACUCUACAGUUUGACGAACCAGCAUGUCUUCAAUUUACUUCGGUAAGAAAACUAGUUAUACGAACUGAUUGCUCUAUCAGCUUAUAUCGACCUGGAAAGGCUGUGCCAACCAUCACAAGCUACUACCAGUUCCACUUAGGGAAGUACCGAGUGUAGGUCAUAAAAGGUUUUUUCCUCGUAAUAUGGCAUAACUCUCGUUUCCCAAUCAAAGCUCUUGACGAUUAAAAUUGAAUCAGCUUACCGUAAACGUGCUCUGUCCUCUUUUCCAUCUUUUGCUUUCUGUUUGAACAAUUAGGAGCUUCAUAAAAAGGCAUUCUUGACUCAAAUGGUGAUUGUUGCGCGUUGUGAUGAUUAGAGCAACGCAUAUUUUGGAAUUUGUGAGUUGUGGUUUUGGUUUUUCGGCCAGGUUGCCGUGUUUUUUCCAAGAUGUCGGCGUCUAUACUCGAAUAUCAGCACACUGGAAGACAAUUAAAAAACAGCUAAGUAACUCUUUAAAAUCUUAAACGCGCUUAGCAGUUAUCCGUAAUGGUGCAUGGAAACAAAAACUCUUUAUGAUUUUGCUUCUCCUCCAAUCUUUCCGUCUUUCCGGCAGGGUACCACAGGACGUCCCAAGGGUGUGACGAUGAACCAUCAUGCUUUGGUGAACAAUGCGUUCCUGAUUGGACAGUUCAUGAACUACAGUGAGGUGAGAUGAGACACAAUGCCGUCCGCACUAAACUGGGAACUUGCCCGUACAAUACCGUCUUUGCGUCUCGGGUCUAUGAGUAAGAAUGAGUGUCUCUCUUAUUGUCUUUUUCUGACUACGGUUCUUCCUCUCCUUAGGCAAGUUGUCGUUUUUUUUAAAGGAUAUUUUCUCACGAUUUCCACUCGCUAGUUACAUUUUCCUACCACUUACACGCGGUAGUCUAAUUAGCAUGGCACAGAUUACUUGUUUUCCUGCUUUUUCCAGCCACAGGUUACCUGUUUAUCUGCGCAAUUCAAUCACCAUGUUGUUCCUAACUUUUUGCGCUCGCCAUUCAAUCAUUUGCUAACCCUACCCGUAGCCUCAAACCCCUAACCCCUCACACGUUUAUCGCACUUCCCAAUAAAUGGUUGCAUAUUUUCCUGAGCUUCACAGAUACCCGAUAUCCAUUCUCUCGAAGUUUCUAGUAACAAGUUAUUUUUCCGAUUUUCCGCGCUAUUUUGCAAUUUUCUGAACUUGAAAAAUUUUCAUUAACCUAUGCGGCGACCUUUAAUCAUUGCUUUUUAUUGAGUACAAUUUUAUGGAUAAUUGUUGUAUAUCUCUUUUGCUUCUUACAUCUGUUUCCUUAUGUUGCCCAUAUAGCCAUCAAGAAUCUGAAAUCCCUGGCCUCUGUUCCAUUCUGGAGGUGUCACGGUUACCAGGUUUAAAUGCCAUCUUUUGUCUGCUAUAUCAGUUUAAGUAUAUUCUUCCAUCUCGUGUCGCUAAGUCGUAAAAUUAAAGCCGUGAAACUUCUUAAGUCGCAGUUGGUCCAGCAUGAGUCGUUUGCGUUUGUCAAUCACCCUAACGAGAUUAUAAUCUCGUUCCCAGGGCCACUCUUCUCCCCUUCCUCCGGAAAACCGUUUCGCGGCUUUCAAAUGUAUUUGUUACAUUGUGAAUAAAAAAAAAAUGUUUUACAACAGUUUUCGAAGAAACAUUUCCUAAGCGUCUUUAUAAGAGGACUGAUCUUUAGGAUAGCUGACAAAAGCAAUUUGGGAAUGGAUUGUCUACUUAAAUCUUUCUGUUUUUACAUUAUAGUUUGGUGAAUGUAGUUUGGGGAGUUCCUGUUGUCUACCCAUCCCGUGGAUAUAACAGUACUGCCAUACUGAAGGCGGUACAAGAAGAGAAGUAAGAAAGAUCAUUUUUAACAUUAUCUUAAUGUUCACUUAUAUACUUUUCCCCCGCCUUUUCCUUUGCACUGUCUCUGGAUAACUUUGCUUUACUGCCCCUCAUCUUACAUUUGUUAGGACGUGUAGCGUUUCUCAGGAUUUGUCAGUCGAGGGGAGUUUCACUAACGUCGAACUAACACUUAGGGGUUUAUUACGUCGUUUUAGUACUUAAAAAUUAUCAUUUUCAUUUCUCGAUAAGGAGAGGAGAGGUCACGCACAAUAUCAGCCCCCUUGCACUUUGGCUGGCUGAAAAUGAACGAAUUCUGAACACGAUCAAUUUCUUGUCAGGAGUCGAGAAUAGAAAAUAAUACUUUCAUCCGUGCUUACGGCAUCGCCUUUUUCACGAGGUUUGUUUGUCUUACAGAUGUAACACUUUGUAUGGAACGCCUCCAAUGGUAAUUGAUAUUCUUGCUCACCCUGAAUUAAAGAAUUACGACCUAUCGAGCUUAAGAAAAGGUAAAUUCAAGUUUUCUCCUCACAACAUACUGAGGGGGGGUAACCUGUGUUGGAUUAGCAUCCACACUCCAUGUCGGGGGAGUCAGUGAGGUGCGAAGGCGGGGAGGGGGGGUUGGCUCGAGGAGGGUGGGGUGAGAGAGCCUUAUUUACAGGAAGAAGAACGCGGUCUAAUUAUUUGCACGUGAAAAUUGAACUAUAUUUCUAUAUUUUGUACAUAACUGGUAGCAUGAACCUACUUGGUCAUGGAAUGAGGAAGCACUUUUGAGAACCAAGCUGUAGGCUGAAGCUGCUGUUGCACGUUCUUUUCCCGGCAGGUUAUCACAGAUUUUUUUCUCUGUGGCGUAUUAUCUAAUUCCAACUGAUUACAAUUGGUUGAGGUCAAAGCGCGGCAAAAUCGGUCGCUUUCUCCUUCCGGUUCCGUUUGCCUGUUUUGCAUUUGAAAAACGUUCAACAUCUCUAAUGUUCAAAGUUUUUGUUUUUGUUGACCUGUAGGCCUGUUUGGAGCUACAUCUUGUCCUGCAGAAGUAAUGAGACAAGCUAUCAGUAAACUGAACCUGAAGCAGUUGACGGUAAACUUACAUUUUGCAUGCAUGCCAUAAAUCCUCCACGUAGAGCCUCUCCCCGAACAAGCGCCCGUGAGUGUCCUCUUUCACUACCGUAACUGUGGCAACCCUUCAAUUCUAGGUAGCCUAUGGUUUGACAGAGACAGGCCCACUUGUUACUCAAACAUCAUUCGAUGACCCUUUGGAAAGAAAAGUUACCACCGUAGGAAAGGUUUACCCGCACACAGAGGUAAUCUAGCCUCAAUUACAGGCUUUUUAUGCGACUGUCUCCUGUGAUGACUUUAAUGCGUCUCGCUUGUUUCUUCUGUGCAGGAACAACCAUCAACCAGCAAUGGUUCCUGGUGUGACACAGUUUAAUGACAUGUUGCUUCUCGAAAAUCUUCAGCAAUAUGCAGGGCAAACUUCUCUUUAAAAUGGUGUCUUAUUAGCCCAUAAGUAACUGAUCAAACGCUCGUUAACCUGCUUGAUUCUCUUAUGUAUUUUGAAGCAAGCAAAUGUAAGUUUAUGUGAAUUGUUAAAACGAACUACGUAAGGUCAAAAUGUUGCUUUUCCGUUCAACAGAUGAAGAUUGUGGACUUCAAAGGAAACAUUGUGCCUGUAAAUACGCCUGGGGAAAUAUGCAUCCGUGGAUAUUCUGUCAUGCUGGGGUACUGGGGAGAGGAAGAGGAAACUGAAGAUGUUAUUGAGCCAUCACGAUGGUUCCACAGUGGGUAAGAUGAAGGAGACAGGGCUACCUACAUAAAGAACACAAUAUAUUCUAAUGAGGAGGAUGUACUUGAAAGGGGUUAGGCAUUUCUUCGUUCUUUUCCUCCUUGCUUUAUAUAGGUGGGUCGCGAAACCGGGAGGAUAUCACUAAAGUUAGUCUCGUACGCAAAUCUUCCACGUUUAAUUACAGUUACACGGUGCGAUCUGGGUACGAGAUUACACUGGGGCACUAGCUUGAGGAAGACAAUAGUACCUGGAAUCGCCAUGCUGCUCUCUGGUAACGAGCAAUGGAGGGCUCUCUUUUACGAGUAAGCCCAAUAUAUGUAGGGAGCACUUAACACUCUACCGAACACACCGAUAGUUGCGCAUUUCAAGCUAACAACUUCAGCUGUCUCUGGUCCACGCCUCACUCUUAAAAAAAAACCUCAUUUUUCUUAGGGAUCUGGGAACAAUGGAUGAACGUGGAUAUGUGAGGAUCGUUGGAAGAUUGAAGGUAACUUUGAUUUAUAAUUUGAGACUGUUUUAGUCUUUACUCCACCGCACUCUGUCAUUGGUCUAGAAAAAUCGUCCUAACUUUCAACCAAUCAGAUGCGAAACUAAAACCAAGCACUACUCACUAACAUUUUCCGCGCUCCAAGCAGUUUGCUUGUUUUUGUUUUAGUUCUCAUUGUCUCCAUUGGAUAGCUUGCCUUGCUCUGAUUGGCCGGUGUGAUUACGUCACCCAAUCGAGAAACUCUUGGAAUGUUUUUCGUUACUUUGCACCUGCAUUACUGAACACCAUUUGAUCUUUCCACAGGAUGUUAUCAUGCGUGGGGGAGAAAACGUCUACCCAGCAGAAAUUGAAUACUUUCUACACACUCAUCCAAAAAUACAGGAUGCACAGGUAAAGAUACAUAUAUCCCUAAAAGGGCAAAAUAUUUGCCGAUUUUUUUUUGAGUCAGGUUGUAGUAAAUGUAAGUGUAUCCAAGUUGUGUAACUGAUCUUUUAAAAUUGUAAAAUAAGGGACGCAAGUACGGCAUACACAUUGGUUUCAUACUUGAAUGAUUUAAAACUUGUGCCCACCUCAUCUUCGAAAGCAACAAAAAUUUCAUUAUGCUUCGACUUUUAAGGAACGGUGUAUGAGAGAAACUAUGUUCAGGGUGUCUUUUUCUUUAAAUAAUUUGCGAAGUUUAUGAUUAGGUUUUCAAUUGGUUAGAUUAUUAGCGUGCCAGACGAGAGACUUGGAGAAGAGGUCUGUGCUUGGAUAAAGUAAGUUACUCCAUUAAAAGGCCAUUUUGUUAUAAAUGAAUAGAGCUUACAUGGUGCAUCCACCAGUCGCGUUACCCAAAAUCUUACUCAGUGAGGUAAACUUCACAAACCUGCCUUGUACUCUGGUAAAAACCGCAGUCAGAACUUAUAAUCUCCAUUAUAAAUAUUUUUGCCCCCUCUUUUAGGCUGAGAACAGGAGAAACUAUGUCUGCGGGGGAGGUUAAAGAUUUCUGCAAGGAUCAGGUUACGUACAACAUCUUUCAGUCUUGGCUGUGAAAUUAGGAGAACGCUUAUUCGCGAGCAAAAUUGAUUUUCAAUCACAGGAAUGGAUCAAUAUGCUGUUUGUUAAUCACUGACGAGUAGUUGGUUUUUCAUCGUAGAAUUUACUUCUCCUUUGUGGUCGAGUUACUUUUUCCAUGAUUGUCAAAAUCAUUUUGGAGGAAAACGCGGCUGCCUUGUCUCGUACCCAGACCUUUCUCAGCCAAGCGGUUACACAUUUCAGUGACAGGUACACGGCAGGAUCUGGGUACGAGAUUAGCGGCUGCCUAAUUGUCGGUGCGCUGGAUUCCGCGUUUAUGACCUGGCCGGGUUAUUAAGCUGUGUUCCUGAGUAAGACAUAUGACUAUCACAUUUCCCCUCUCCACCCAUUAGUAGAAAUGGGUACUGGCGAAUUGUCAGGGUACCCUGACGAAAUUCUGGGGAGAGGGGAGGGGUGGGUAACCUGCAAUGAAUUUGCAUUCCAUACAGGGGAGUAGCAAUUAAGAGUCGUUUCAUGUUACAGGAAGCGGGGCCUCUUGGCUCGAGUGCACACCUAACCUUUUUUCCCCAAAUAUCAAUUAAGGUACUUGUAAAAUGUUGGUGAUGACAGUAAAUUUGUCUAAAUAAACAACUUUAUCGCUAGUGCGGAAAGGCCCUAAUUUACCACUUAUUUUGGGUUCAACAGAUUGCUUAUUUUAAGAUACCUCGGUAUAUCAAAUUCGUUGAUGAUUAUCCAAUGACAGCGUCUGGAAAGGUAAAGUAGUCGGUAGAGAUUUUUCUUGGCUUUUUUUUUUCUUUUUGGUGGUCAAAUCUGGUUUAAAUUGUAUUCUACGACAUUAAACAACGACAGCUGAUGGUGAAGUCAGAUCGCACGAGUGAGAGUAAUCCUGAGAAGGACUGGUGCUGAUAGUAGUGACUGACGUUAUGACAACCUUAGCGGAAGUCAUUUUCGGAGUCAUCAGAGACUCUGAUAUGACUUCACCGGAGGCUCUACUGACGACUUCCACCGCGGUUGUCGAAACGUUAGUCACCACAACCGACAUCAGUUUUUUUCCAGGACUACUCUCACCCGGGCCAUCAGAUCAUACGAUCAACUCUUAAUCCUGUGUUCAAACCAUUUACUGAAAAACAACAAUAACAGUUAUAAUUAUUACUGGUGAUAGUUCACGUCACUAUUUAAGUUCCACGAAAAAACGCUGCGAAAUAAAAGUGCCCCCUCAGUAAAUAUAUGGGACAGCUUUUAAUCAAUCUAAUAAACUUUUUUCUCUUUAGGUUAUGAAAUAUGUCAUGAGGGAACAAGCGAAAAAUGAGUACAAAUUUUAUGCAACGUAA